AUGAGAAUAAUCUGCCUGAUCUUCGUUCUCGCCGUCGGCAUCUUAUGCCCCGUACUCUCAGCCGUUGUGAGCAACGAAGUUGACCAGGCGCACUGGGAUCUGUCGACUUCGCUGAAUGGAUUCUCCUUCGAGCGAGCCAAGGCACUUACCGCCAAAACCACUGAUCGACCUGGUACUCAUGUUUCGCGACUGAAGAACCUCAAAGGCAAAGUUGAUUCCCAUCCGAGAUCUUCUCUCUCUCUUCUUUCGCGAUCCCAAAGCUCAGUUCCAGGCGAAAGUGCGGCUCCUUAUCAGAACAUCUCUGCACUCGGUAGAUUCUCCACUGCAUACGGAAUUCAGUGCAGUUGGGACAAUACCCCUGUUUGGUUCAUUUUCGACACUGGGAGCUCUGACACUUGGGCUGCCAAAACUGGCUUCAGAUGUGAAGACGGUGCAGGUAGAACCCAUGACCAAGCUUCAUGUAACUUUGGCCAGCCUCACAUUCCAAACUUCCUCCAGGACGUUUCGGGAGUGUACUUCCAUCGACGAUACGGGUCUGGAGAAGAUGUGUCAGGACCUAUGGGCACCUCUGAUAUUGCAUGUGGCGGCAUCUCGGUUUCUGGACAGCAAGUCGGAUUAGCCAGCAGGGCGUACUGGCGCGGCGACAACGUCACUGUUGGUAUCCUUGGCCUUGCAUACCCAUCUCUGACAAGUGGCUAUCUUGGCGACCCAGCUGAUCCCGUUGAUGACUCGGACUGGAACAACUAUCCUUACACACCUUGGUUAACCAAUGCCAUCGCGCAGGGUUUGAUAGAUCCUGUCUUUAGUGUUUCUAUCGACAGGAACUCUAGUGAUGGAGUACUAGCAUGGGGUGGACUUCCGCCCAUGCCGUGGGACCCUAAAGCCUUCGCAGCCACGGACCUUAUAAUCGCAAAACUUGUCGAUCGUGACACCACUGCCUGGGAACCUUCUUUCUAUACCAUCAUUCCGGAUGGCCUACAAUGGGGAAGCACAACCGACACUGGAAAGUAUCCCUAUAUCGUUGAUACAGGGACUACAAUGAUGCAUGUUCCACCUCCACUGGCCGAUGCCAUUGCCAGGUCUUUCAUCCCUCCGGCCACGUACAUGCCACAAUGGGGAGCCUACUUCGCCGACUGCCAUGCCAUCCCUCCUCGGUUUGCGGUUAUUAUCUCCGGGGUACGGUUCUGGAUCAACCCAGCCGAUCUUAUAUAUCAAGAAUUUACUGAUCCAACGGGCAAAUGUGCGAUUGCUAUUUCGACUGGUGGCCCUGGACCGUACAUCUUAGGGGACGUAUUCCUGCAGAACGUCGUAGCAGCCUUUGAUGUAGGUGGUGCAGAGAUGCGAUUUUACUCUAAGCAGUAG